AAAAGGGAGUAUCCGUACAUUUUACUUUUUCCUUCUUUUUUGUUUUUUUUGUCUCGUUCGUGCCCUCGCCGCAAACCCUCGUCCUCGCCGUAUUUUUACUCAUCGAAGGUACAGAGGGAACCCUAAACGGAUCUAGGGUUUCAUGUAGUUCUCUUUUCCGAAUAGGGCGAAUGUGAAGUAGUGUUUCUUUUUUUCUAAUUUUUCUUUUAUUAGUGGGUUUUUUUUGAUGGAUCUUGAUGGGAUUGUUUAAUUGAGUGUUGGUUUCGAAUCGGGUUUCGGUGCGUCCGUGAUGGGAAAAUCCGACCCAACUCUGGUUUCGUUUGUUGGUUGAGAAAUUGCUCUGUACUAUGUGUGCAGUUAUUAUCAGAGAGAGAAUGAAAAUUGCCUUUGAUCCGUCGGAGCGAGUGGUUCGGGUUUUGAUUGUGGUGUCGAUAUGGCACGGCACAAUGGCAUGUCUCGACACUCAUUCUAUUUUAUAUGUUGGGCGUUAGCCAAACCAGUCCCGAUCCAAACCGUGCGGAGUAUCGUGACAAUUUCAAAAGUAUUGUAAAGUUAAAUAUUAAAAUAGAAAAUUCUCUACACGAAAAAAGAUUUUUUUUUGGAUUUAUAGAAGAUGAGAGAAGAGCAAGAGACGGAAAGAGGGCUUGAAUUGAAGCUAUUUUACGUUAAAGAGGAGUUAGAAUUUCAACAAUCGAUAUCGAAUCAACAGCAGUCGGUAUUAAAGCGAGUUGCGGAUUCUUAAAAUCUGAUAUCAGGACAAGUAGCAGGUUCCCAACAAUUGGAAAUUAAAGAAGGCUUUCAUGCACAAUCUACCGAACUUAAAAAAGAUCAAUGAGAAGGGUCAAGGGCUGAGAAGAAUCGUCGCCGCAAACUUUCAAGAGACCGAUAACAAACACCCGCUCAACAGCGAUCCAAGCGGUCCGACCAUCGACACGAACAACACGAACGAGGCCAUCGUGGAGUGCGAAUGCUGCGGCAUGUCUGAGGACUGCACCCCCAAGUACAUAAGUCGGAUCAGAGAAGCAUUCUGCGGGAAAUGGGUCUGCGGGCUUUGCGCGGAAGCCGUGAGGGAGCAGCAGAAAAAAGCGCUUCCGGCCGUCCUCGCCGUCGACGAGGCUUUGGAGUCCCACAUGUCUCUGUGCAGGAAGUUCAACAGGACUGUCAAGCUAAACCCUAAGCUCUCCUUAGCUGGUGCAAUGAGGGACAUAGCAAGGAAAAGCUUUGAACACAGGAACAGCUCUCACUCCAAGGGCAAUUCAUGUGGAGCUAGGGUUUCAACGACCAUUAGCUGUGGCCCUGUUAUAAACUGAUGAGGAUGCAUGUUAAUAGUUGGUAUCAAUGUAACAGUGUAUUGGUGAAAUGUGUGUGGUAGCCCCUACACUUUCACUAUAUUAUGACCAAGUCCUUAAACAUGGUACUAAAAUAAUUUAGUCUCUAAAUAUUGAUAUAUUUUGUAAUGAUAACCUUGGAGCCGUUAUCAAUGCAAAAUGAGAGAUGAUACCUAAUAGGAGUCUAUAACCUUGGUGUAAGAUGUAUACUGUAUACAUUUUAUGGUUAGAAUCAGAACACGUUAAUGAUAGUUU